AUGAGUGUAACUACGACUAAUUUUAAUACAGAUAUUUUACGAGAUUUAACAUUCGAUGUUUUAUCGGGUAUUGCUAAUGAUCCAACAAAAUUCGAUGAAUUUAAUGAUGCUUAUAUAAAUAAAAUUCAUGAACGUACAGAUGGAGAUGAUUUAAAAAGAUAUACAAGAGAUAUUUAUGAGAAAAUACUUUCUUUACAAACUGUACAAGUCAAUACAGGAGUACAAUUAAAAGAUACAUUUCAUGAAAAAAUUGUUAUUAUUUAUUUUUGGACUUUUUCGGAUAUUCAUUCUUCCAAUAUGUUACAAAAAAUAAUUGGUAUUGAUAAACGAUAUUCCAAUUCUGGUGCCACUAUUAUUGGUGUUCAUUCUCCAAAAUAUGAACAUGAAAAAAAUAAAAGUAAUGUUCGACAUGCUAUUGAAGAACAAUCGCUUCCAUUUACAGUUGCUAAUGAUAAUGGAUUACAAGUAUGGAAACAAGUUGGUUGUCAAAUAUAUCCAACAGUACUUGUUUUUGGUCCUGAUGCAUAUCCAAUAUUUAUUUUUGAAGGCGAAAAUCAUGUACAACAUUUAGAAGCAUUUCUUCCACCAAUUCUUACUCAUUACAAAUCUAGUGUACAUGCAACACCAAGUGGUUCAUUAUCAAUUAAAACUUCACCUGAAGAUAUGAUUACAAAUGUUGUAAAAUCACCAACAUUUACAUAUCCAAGUCAUUUAUGUAUAACAUCCAAUGGGCAAUUAUGUAUUUCAUUUGCUGGUUCAAAUCAAUUGAUUCUAUGUGAAGUUGAUGGAAAAGUUGUUGAAGUUGUUGGUAAUGGUCAUCCUGGUAUGGCUGAUGGUGAAGUACAACAAGCUGAAUUUGAUUCACCACAUGGUCUUGUUGAAUUUAAUGGUUGUAUUUAUAUUGCUGAUACAAAUAAUCAUGCAAUACGUGUGUUUGAUCCAAAUUCACGUCGCGUUUUGACAUUAAUUGGUACUGGUCGUUUAGGAAACGAUAAAGUUGGUGGUCUUAAACGAUCACAACAACCAAUUGCUUCACCAUGGGAUUUAUGUAUUACAGAAUCACCAUUUGAUCAUAAAACAGUAUUACUUAUUUCAAUGGCUGGUCAACAUCAAAUAUGGGCUUAUGCUUUCGAAGAAACUCAAUGGUGGAAUGAUGUUGUAAUACAAAAGAAUUCAUGUUGUGCUAUUAUUGGAAGUGGUGUUGAAGAGAAUAGAAAUGGUUCUGAGCCAAUGUCGGUUUGUUUAGCAGCACCACGUGGUAUUUGUAAUGGUGUAAUGAAUGGUCAACCAGUUCUAUUCAUUGCCGAUAGUAAUAGUUCAAGUAUUCGUGUUGUUACACUUAAAGAUGGAAAUGUAGCUAAUUUAAUUGGUGGUGAUGCUGAUCCAACUAAUCUAUCAGCAUUUGGUGAUCUUGAUGGUAGUGGUUAUAGUGCUAAAUUACAACAUCCAGUCGGUGUUGCAUUUCAUUAUCCAACAUCACAAUUAUAUAUCACAGAUACAUUUAAUAAUAAAUUAAAAUAUAUUGAUAUGAAAAGUCUUGUUUGUUCAAGUUAUUUUGUAACAGAUACUGAUACAAAAAAACAACGUGGUGAAACAAAUUCAGCUAAAUUUAGUGAACCAUAUGGUUUAGCUAUAUUCGAUCAUUUUAUGUAUGUUGCGGAUAAAAAUAAUUCACAUAUUAAACGAAUUGAUCUUAAUCAUCGAACGAUUGUUCGUUGUCGAUUUGAUUUAAGAGAAACUUUAAAUGAAGAACGGACAUUUGGUUCUAAACAAGCUUAUUUAACUAUUACGCUACCUGAAACAUUUCAAUUACGUGAAAAUAAUGGUGGAACAUGGAGUAUUGAAGAUGAAGAUGGUUUUAAAAUAUGCGAUGGUGAUUUAAUGCGUCAUGCAUCUGAUCAGAUACUUUUGGAUUAUAUUCCUCGUGAUAAACAAGUUGCUCAACUUAAAUACGAAUUAAUGGUAUGUGAAGAUGAUAAAUGUUCGAUGGUGAAUGGUGAAGUUCAACCAAUUAAUCAAACAGAUUCAAUCGUUGAAUUUGUUAUUAAAGUUGAUCAAACAGAAACAAGUUCUAACUAG